UUAAGUGAGGUUGGCAACCUGAUCAGUUCGUAAAAUUAUUGACAUUUUGACAACAUGGAGCUUAUUUUGAUACAUUGGAAGGAAACUGUGUAGUUUUAGUUUAUUAGGGAUUGCAAAUAUUGUCAAUGAAUAGUGGCAAGCAUCCCUGUGAGGAUAAUUUAAAAUGGGAAAGUUGCUGUCAAAAAUUUUUGGAAACAAGGAGAUGAGAAUACUAAUGCUAGGCUUAGAUGCUGCUGGAAAAACUACAAUUUUAUAUAAACUAAAACUAGGUCAAUCUGUAACAACAAUUCCAACAGUGGGUUUUAAUGUCGAAACAGUAACUUACAAAAAUGUAAAAUUUAAUGUGUGGGAUGUGGGUGGACAAGACAAAAUUAGACCUCUCUGGCGUCACUAUUACACGGGCACGCAAGGGUUAAUAUUUGUGGUUGACUGUGCAGAUCGUGACCGUAUUGAUGAGGCCCGUCAAGAACUUCACCGAAUUAUAAAUGAUCGGGAAAUGCGAGAUGCAAUUAUACUCAUAUUUGCCAACAAACAGGAUUUACCUGAAGCUAUGAAACCCCAUGAGAUUCAAGAGAAGUUAGGUUUAACGCGUAUGCGAGAUAGGAAUUGGUAUGUUCAACCUGCAUGUGCCACCACAGGAGAUGGGCUUUUUGAAGGCCUGACUUGGCUAACUAGUAAUCACAAAUUAUAGCACUCUUGUUUAUCACAUACUCAUCUUAAAAUCUAAUCUAAACGUUCAGUUAAGAAAGUUCUUCAAAUUAAUAAUUGUUCUCAACAUUCCAACUGCCCAUUAAGCAGUGCAUUUGAACUAGAGUGGGAUGGUCACGUUUCAAAUAAUUUUUAUACUUCCCUGCUUCUAAUAUUUUGUAAAUAAAUUUUCACAUAGAUUUUUAAAAUAAGUAUGAUUGAUGUAAGAUUAUUUUAAAAAGCAUAGAAUCCUGUCUUGUAUAUACUCCUAAAUAAUUUUAAUGUUUGCUUGGAUGAUAUGCAUUACCCAUAAUUGUACAGCCAUAGAUGUGGGUUUGAUUAUAAGUUUAAAGAUUGAUAAGCCCCAAUAAUUUUAAAUAUAUUCUAUUAGAUAAAAACAUGCAAAUGAUCGUUGACGCGUGAGGUAUUUUGAGCUUUAGAAUUUCUAUUAUUUUAUAAUGUAAAAUAUGGUUGCCUACUUUAAAUCUGCGAGUUAAUUUUAAGUAGCUAUAUUAAAGCAAAUUUGUUUAUUAAUGAUGUAAGUAUUAUUGAUAUGUUGUAAUGACGAUGGAGGUUUACACAAUCUUUAAGCUACAUUGUAAGAAUUGUUUGCAAAUUUAAAUAAAAUAAUAUCGGUUUUAA